GCUGGGUCACAUGCCGCCGCCCGGGCCCUAUCAGGGGCGGCCCCAUCCCCGCACCACGGCUGGAGCCGCUCGCCCGGCCACUGCCGCCGCCGCUGGUUCCCAGGACGCCGCAGCUCCCGUCCAGCUCCCGCAGCAGGCUCCCUGCCAGCUCUGCCCAGCCAGCCAGCCCGCCUCGCCUCUCGCCGCCCUAGGCAGAACGACCGACUUCCACCAUGGCUAUGGAGAGGAUCCAUGCUCGUGAGAUCCUGGACUCCCGUGGGAAUCCUACCGUUGAGGUGGAUUUGUAUACAGCAAAAGGACUGUUUCGGGCAGCUGUUCCCAGCGGUGCGUCCACUGGCAUCUAUGAAGCCCUGGAGCUGCGCGACAACGAUAAAUCCCGAUUCCUCGGGAAAGGGGUCCUGCAGGCAGUGGAUCAUAUCAACAGCACUAUCGCCCCUGCUCUCCUGAGCUCUGACCUUUCUGUUGUGGAGCAAGAGAAGAUAGAUAACUUCAUGCUGGAAAUGGAUGGAACAGAAAAUAAAUCCAACUUCGGAGCCAACGGCAUCCUGGGUGUGUCUCUGGCUGUGUGCAAAGCGGCUGCUGCAGAGAAGGACGUCCCUCUCUAUCGACACAUUGCAGAUCUGGCUGGAAAUUCAGACCUCAUCUUGCCUGUCCCUGCUUUCAAUGUGAUCAACGGGGGUUCUCACGCGGGAAACAAGCUGGCCAUGCAGGAGUUUAUGAUCUUGCCUGUCGGAGCGGAGAGCUUCCGGGAUGCCAUGCGCAUCGGUGCGGAGGUCUAUCACAACCUCAAGAGCGUCAUCAAAGACAAGUAUGGCAAAGAUGCCACCAACGUGGGAGACGAAGGAGGCUUUGCCCCGAACAUCCUGGAGAACAGCGAAGCUUUGGAACUUCUCAAAGAAGCCAUCGAGAAAGCCGGCUACACUGACAAGAUUGUGAUUGGCAUGGAUGUCGCAGCAUCAGAGUUCUAUAGAGAUGGCAAAUAUGACUUGGACUUUAAAUCCCCUGACGAUCCCAGCCGCUACAUCUCUGCUGAUGAGCUGGGUGACCUUUACCAGAGUUUCGUACGGGACUACCCGGUGGUAUCAAUUGAGGAUCCCUUUGACCAGGAUGACUGGGAGGCUUGGUCCAAGUUCACGGCAAACGUAGGAAUUCAGAUUGUGGGGGAUGACCUGACAGUGACCAACCCCAAGCGCAUUGAGCGAGCCGUUGAGGAGAAGGCCUGCAAUUGUCUCUUGUUGAAGGUCAAUCAGAUUGGAUCAGUCACUGAAGCCAUUCAAGCCUGCAAACUGGCCCAGGAGAAUGGCUGGGGGGUGAUGGUGAGUCACCGAUCAGGCGAGACUGAAGACACCUUCAUCGCUGACCUGGUGGUGGGACUUUGUACUGGACAGAUAAAGACUGGAGCUCCGUGCAGGUCCGAGCGCCUGGCAAAAUAUAACCAGCUAAUGAGGAUCGAGGAAGAACUGGGCGACGAAGCUCGUUUCGCUGGGCACAACUUCCGUAACCCGAGCGUCUUAUAAACACUGCCCUUGGCCCAUUCUGGCUCACCUGCUAAUUCCCCAGUGCACAGACUCUGAGUGCCCCUUAGAUCACACCCUCCCUUCUCCCCAUUCCUCACUCCCUGAUUCCUUCUCCAGCAAGCCGGUCUCUCCUGCUUGGCCCCUGUCAGUUCAGGUCCCCCCCACUGGAAUUCAUCCCGAGAAACAUCAAGAACGCAGCUUCCCUCUGCCCGUCACUGUGCUGUUGUGCAAGCCAGCUUUCGCGUGUGUCGUACAGUGUCUGCCCUAUGGGCCCGCUUGAGCCAUCGUCACGCCCACGUGUAAAGACAGCGUGUUUGCCGUGUGGCAAGUGUGUGCACGCUUGAAGGAUGCCCUUGGAUAGGAGUGUGAGUUGAGCGUGCUUGGUGAGGCGAGAACAUGCGUUUCUGUAUUUCUUGCCCCUUGGGAACGUGUGGAUCAGUGCUUUGGUCCUCAGUAGGCAUUUGUGUUGAAAUCUGCGUGCUACACAAUAUCAGUCGUUGGCUGUUGUGCGUGUGCAUCUCCUUGCCCAUCUCUGUGCUUUGUUUUAGUUUCAAGCAUGUACGUUUGCCACCGUUGCUUGACAGCUCGAAUGCGUUCGAUCCGAAAGCUGACAUCUAUUGGUGGAUUUUCUCCCUGAAUGCAAAAUGGCAUGUUGCUAUGUUGCAAAGGGUCAUUGCACCAUGCUUUGUGGGACUUUGUGGGUCAAUGUGUGGGUCAGUGCAUUGUGGACAUAUUGUUGCGGUCAGCACCCAGCUCAGACGGCUGCCCUUCCCGUUGCCCUCUGGAUGUUGCUCACACCGCUCUCUCUCCCCCUCGUCAUCCCGUGCCCUUCUUGACCUUCUAUUUCAUCUGCUUCCACCUUCUAAUGUUUCACUCUCAACUGAGCAAACAGUGACAAGCAAUGGAACAAAAAAAAACCACACCCACAGAAACUGAACCAACAGGCAAACCUUUCACUGGAUUAAAUUCUGUUUCACAUCUGAGCUUCCUA